AUGCUCGAUAAGGCAUGGAAACAUCUCAUGAAAGAUGGAGUUGGUAUUAUGGGUAUGUAUGGUAUGGGCGGAGUUGGGAAAACAACGCUUCUCAUGCAAAUCAACAAUAAGUUCAGUGAAGAAAGGUGUGGAUUUGAUUUUGUGAUUUGGGUUGUGGUGUCUAAAGAGUUACAUGUAGAGAAGAUUCAAGAUGAAAUCGCUCAGAAAGUUGGUCUUGAUGGAGAGAAGUGGGAGAAAAAAAAGAAGAGCCAAAAGACCAUUGAUUUAUACAAUUUCUUGAAGAAAAAGAGAUUUGUGUUGUUUUUAGAUGACAUAUGGGAGAAGGUGGAUUUAACAGAGAUUGGAGUCCCAUUUCCAGCACCAGAAAACCGAUGCAAAGUAGUCUUCACCACUCGUAAACAAGGUGACAGCGAUCCAGAGAUCCCCAAGCUUGCAAAAGACGUUGCUAGAAAAUGUGGUGGCCUUCCAUUGGCGCUCAAUGUCAUAGGGGAGACCAUGUCAUGCAAGAAGACGGUGGAAGAAUGGCGUCACGCUAUAAAUGUUUUGACUUCGUACGCUACAGAGUUUUCUGGCAUGGAAGAUAAGAUCCUUCCACUUUUGAAGUAUAGCUACGAUAAUCUUAAGGGCGAGGAUGUCAAAUCAUGUUUGCUGUAUUGCGCUUUAUUUCCAGAAGAUGAUCUGAUUUCUAAAAAGUAUUUGAUAGACUACUUGAUAGGCGAAGUAUUAUAG